CCCUUCAGGGUUAUUCAAUAUGGCUGUCUAUUUCACUCAAAUUUUAGUGGCAUUUAAUAUUCGAUAAUGAGUUUAAAUCGUUGAUUUUAGUCAUCUCUUCACAUUUUCGAACGUCUUGCACUCGUGGGAAUUAUCAUCGCGCCUUGUUAAGCGUUUUCGCGCAGCUUUAGUGAAGUGCUUUUUCUGGCUAUCUAGGCAGCAAUACCAUGGUUUCUGUAAUCCAUGAUAAGCACCAACACAAGCAGAGCUGUAAAUUAGAUCUUCCUAAAUGAAGGCAUCCCUUUUAAAGGAAUCUGCACAAAACAGUUGGCAGGAUGUUCCCGCAGAAGGUGGCUGUCCGGGAGAUGAACCCACACCUUAUAUGCACCCUUUGUGGAGGAUAUUUUAUUGAUGCCACAACCAUAAUCGAGUGUCUUCACUCCUUUUGCAAAAGUUGCAUUGUUAAACAUCUGGAGACAAGUAAAUAUUGUCCUAUCUGUGAUGUCCAAGUCCACAAAACUCGGCCACUCGAAAACAUCCGCCCUGAUCAUAUUCUCCAAGAGAUUGUGUACAAACUGGUGCCGGGGCUUUAUCAAAAUGAAAUGCGUUGUCGGCGUGAAUUUUAUCGGAAGAAUGGAGAAAAUGUUCCAGCCAGUCAUGAAGCAAAGGGAGAAAUAUCAGACGAAUGCAGCAUAUUUUUCCCUGAAGAAAGCAUUAUGUUAUCCUUGGAGUACAACAAUGAUGGUAACCCAUCAAAUUCGCAUGAGUCUUCCUGUGGAAAGAGGUACUUGCAAUGUCCUGCUGCAGUCACUAUAUUACACCUUCAAAAGUUGAUCCGUUCAAAAUUUGGACUGACUCAAAACUGCAAGGUCAAUUUCUUCUCCAAAGAUGAACUGCUUCCUGAGUUCUUAUCGCUGCUAGAUAUUGCAUAUAUCUUUCAAUGGAGGAGGAAAACUCCGUUGCACCUCUCUUAUCAAAUACUGGAGGUCAAGAGUCAAAUUAUCAAACCAGAUCCAGAAGUAAAGGAAGAAUCUGCUCCUGCAAGUGAAAAUGUGAUCCCAUCGGAAACGGAUAAAAUAACAAGCUUAGAAGUCGCCCCAAAAGUAGGUAAGGUAGAGAAGGAAGGGAAUGAAAAAUGGCAAGAGGUACAAUUGCAGAUCAGCGAAAAUGGUGUCAUGAGCGCAGAAGCAUCCUCAAAGUCCGAAUCGAAAGAAAAACCAACAGAAAAGGAGAAAAGCUCAAAACCAGAGGCCAAAACGGAAAACACAAAGCAAAAAGUUUCGACAAGUGAAGAACGCACCAAAGUGGAUGGAUCAAAAUUAAUUUGUAAAGAAAGUCAAAACACAGCUCCCAAACAGAAGCUGAAAAAUGAGGUUCUGGAUGUGAGAAACACUCCUGUAAAAACCACUUGUGAAGUCAGUGUUACUACUGUCAAAAGUACCGCUCACGGGGUUUCAAGUCCGAGAAUGCCCCAAAAAGACACUAUUGAUAAUUUGAAAGCUGAAGUUAGUAUUAGUAUCAGUAGAGACAAUGUAACGAAAGUCUAUGAAAAUUCCAAAGCUAAUGAUAAGGUCUGCAAGCCAAGAGAGGUCCAGAAACCAGAAUCGGAGGAUCUUAAAGUGAGAUCUAACGACAGCAAUGUGAGACCCAAUGAUAGUAAUGUGAAAUCCGAGUCCAUUUGGAAACCCACUCAGUCGGUUGACAAGUCAAAGAAAGUGUGUAAAGUAGAACCGAGUCUGAUGGGGCUACCGUGUGGACUUUCUAUCAUUCAGAGACCGGCUAUGAAAACAUAUCCGGGCUCAAAAGCAACAGCUGCUGGAAAAGAGCCAGUAGAUGGUCUCAAAGCAAUUGCAGGUCUUUCGAAAGAAGUUAGCAUAAAGCCAAUUGUUUCAAUCUCAACCUCCUCAGCACCUCUUCUCAACAAAACGGAUGUUUCUUCUUCUUUGAAAAUCCCGUCCUCCGCUCCACCAAUUGUUCCUCCAAGUUUAAGUAAAAAACCCACUCCGAUAAGGUAUAAAACCUUGAAGAGUCCGACGAAACCAUGGAAUCCGAGCAUCCCUCGAUCUGCGCUGCUCAUGAUGAAACAUAAUUCGGAAGAUCCUAAUCAGCUCAAAACUAACGUGAAGCCUCCUAAGUUUUUUAAAAUGCGUAAUGUACCCAGAUAUCUAGGUGCGCCUGCCUCAGGUGUGAAGCCUCUUUACCAGGCGGCUGAAACCAGCACGACAAACUGUGAGCCCCCAAAUAAAUUAGACAUGAAUGCUCAUAAAAGUGGUAACAGUAGUGUUACUCUGAUGAAGAUUGAUCCGAAAACGCUAAGCCCUAUUGUUGUCUCUUCUGCGUGUUCGAGUCCUAGUCUGAGCCCCAAUUCUACUGUGACGCAUCCAAAAAAGUCACCUCUUCCUCCUCCUUAUACCCCCGGUUCUCCCAAGCAGUCCCCAAUGUCUAAAUCUAAACCCAUAAUUAAUAACAAAACUCCCGCUCAUGGUACACCAAUUCCAAGUCCUGCGCACUCUAGUAGUAUGCUUUCACCCAAUUCCUUCUUUAGCGCUGCAAAUCCUUUAAUGUAUCCUGGUUUCCCUCAUCCCUUUUCUCAUCCAGAUUCAGCCAACAGACUCUUAGCAAGCGCAGCAACUUCUCCCGAUUUAAUGCGUGCUAUGUCCUCUCUCUGCUCCCCCGCGUUUCAUCCAUCACUCAGCAUAUUGUUCAACAGUCACCAAGUUGGAUUCCCUAGUUUAAGUCCGCCCAGUAAACCGAUGUCUAAAAACGUCCCUCCUAAACAGAGUCCUCCAGUUCCAUCAUCAGUCCCCCUCUCAAUCUCGGUUUCUUCUCCCAAUAUCUAUACCCCAACAUUAUCCAAGCCAAAGAAACCAAUCAUGGAACAAAUGAGAACGCGCCCUAAUCUAACAGUGGAAACGAGUAGGUACAAUGUUGGUUGUGCAAACGGGUUCCUGCCAUCACCCACUGAAAGACAUUCUUCUCCCAAAGUUGUCGGUAAAUCUGAAUGUGAUAAAAAAGUCUCAAAGAAACCAGAAAGUGUCGCUAAAAGCAAGCCAGAUGUAAAGCCUGCCCCCGUGGAUAAAAGUAAAGUUGAAAAAAUGGAAUUAGACUAUGUUAAUCCUUCUAAGAAGGAGGGGAAAAAUACUCUAGAUUGUGAUAUGCCUGUUAGCAGCAAUAAAAGGUUAAAAAGAGAUGAUGCUCUUGAGUCAAAUAACAAUUUUAAAGAGGAUAUGAAUGUAGCUUGCAGGAAACCAACUGACAACAAAAGUAUACCUGCAGUGUCCAAAGGUAGUGAUAUUAAAUCAGAAUCGAACCCUGUAAGUCGACCAAAUGAUUUCAAUUCAGUUAACCGACCGUUUGACCCUAGCUCAGUGAGUCGGCCAAAAGAAUCCAAUUUGGUUCAUCAAUCGAGUGAACCCAGUGUGGUUAAUCAGUCCAAAGAAUGUAGUUUUGUUAAUCCUUCUAAAGAGUCCAAUAUUAAUCGAUCAGUUGAAUCUUCAUCGGGUCAGUCAACUGAACCCUCUGUUGCCAGUCGACCAAAGAGCUCUAGUUCAACUAAUCAAACUAACGAUACCAAUUCGGUAUGUCAAAAGAAUGAUUCUACAACUGUAAAUGUCUCAUCUGAAUCCAGUCCGGUCACUCAGUUGAAAGAAGUCAAAUCUGAUAAAGAAAGAACUAUAAAUGAAAAUAGGAAUGACACAAAAGAAAAAAAUAAAGAAAAUGGGGAUCGAAGUAAAAUUGAUAGUAGUAGUCUUAGUAAUGGUAAUAAAACUGAAAUUGCUCCUGUGGAAGAAAAUUCAACAGGAGCCAAUAAAAGUUCAGUUGAAAUAAAAGACAAAACUGUGAUACCGAAUGAUAGCAAUAAACUUAGUAGCCUGAAAGAAAACACCUCCAUAAGCGAAAAUUCUUCAAAUUCUGAAAAUUUUGCGGAUCAAACCAAUAACGUUUCUAAAUCAGAAGUCAGUUUAAAUACGGUGAACAAUAAUUGCAAAGCCCUUAGUGAUACAAAAAAGAUUGAUUGCUUGACGGGUAAUGACCCCGUCAAUCAAGUUAAUUGAGUGGAGCCCAACAGUCAAAUGCCAGCUCAAAGACAUCUUUCAAAUAGACGGAUAUAGUGGCAGCAUCAAUCAGUGUUCCAUGAUUCGACAUGAGGAAACAGUCUUUUUUGAUACUGUUUCAUUAGUGGCUCAAUGUAAUGUGGAAAUAUUGGUUAAAGUAAUUCAAUUGGUUUAUGGAUGGCGUUUUUCAAGACGAACAACGUCUAUGAACACAUCUAUAUAAUCAUAUAAUCCGUCUAAGGACAUCAAUAGCAACAGAUAUGUUGUUUUGGAAAUAAGCUAAGAAAGUCGAAUUCAUUUUUGUAAAUGCUGUCCAAGUGGUGUUCCUCCAUGCCCUUUUCUCACUUCACCCUCUACAAUUAUAAGUGAAUCCAAAGUGUCACAACCGAAUCAAUAUCCCUUUACCUCUUGCUUAAAUGUAAUGAAAACAAUUGGCACUUGCAAGACAAAUGCAUCAUUGUGAUGUUUCGGAAUAGAUAUGGAUUCUGUGUACCUCACUCUACUUUCAAUCCGCAGUUUUUCCUAGUGUUUGCCGCCAAUUGUUUGAAAAAUAAGCUUUUUAUAAUGAAUGUAAAGAGUUUUCAUAUCCCUCACAAAAUAGUUUUUGAAAGUCAGAGCUAAAAUUAAGCACUCUCUGGAUGUUUUGAGACAGAAUUACAAAUCAGGUGUGUUGCGACAGUCACUAAAAUGAAGAUUUCUUUCUUAUUUGAAGUAUCCUCCAGAUUUUUCAAUUCGCUGAAUUGCUGUGAUAGAAUAUUGAUGGGCACAGUGCGAAACCACGUAUCUCCAUUGUGGUAUUUCAAAAUAUCCCUGCCUAUUUUAUUUUUCCAAAGAGAAAGAAGCCAACUUGAUUGCUUAAAAUGUAUACAGAAUAUUCUGCUAACUGAGAAGAAAAAUGAAAGAAGUUUUUAAGAAAUUACAUUGGCUAAUUUUUCAAAGAAAAAAUAAAAUAAGACAGGAAGUCUGCAGUGUCGCAAACGGAUUUACGUGGUUUCGCACUUUGGCCAUCGAUACUUUGUUUGGAACCAUGUGGUAGCUUCAUUUUUUAAUCAGCACGUCAAAAUUGGUGGCUAUUGACUUCACAAGGAUUUCAAUGAUUUUAAAUGAGUUUCCUUUAUUGGCAUAUGAAAGAGUGAUCUUCAUUUUUCUCUUCGUUGCUUGUUUUGUUACCUGGUUUCGUUGACAUAAUUACUAUCUGAGAGUUGUAAGCUUUGUGCUUAUCUGAUGGAUCAAGGGGUUUCCUUGUGAGAGAAUAUAUAUUACUCAAUGUUAAUGUUGGUUCAGUUUGACUUUGUGGAUCUCACUUUGUUUAAUCAAGGGACCUUUUGGCAGGGUUAGAAACCAAGCAUCACAAUACUUUUCUUGCCAUUAAACAUGUAGAUCACAGUGAACUCAUGAAUUCUCUGAAUUAUAACUCCCCGCUCCCCAAAAUAGACAAAA